AUGAUUUUCCUGAUUGCAAGUAUUUUUAAAUCUAUCUAUCUAUCUAUCUAUCGCGAUGUGUUCAUAUCUAUCAUUCUCUCUAGUUUCCUAUCUAUCUAUCUAUCUAUCUAUCUAUCUAUCUAUCUAAGUCUGCUCAUAUUAACUGUAUUGAUAUCUGUCUAUCUGUCUAUCUAUCUCUCGUUUCAUAUCUAUCUAUCUAUCUAUCUAUCUAUCUAUCUUUCACAGUCUCUUCAUAUCUAUCUAUCUAUCGCGAUAUGUUCAUAUCUAUCUAUCUAUCUAUCUAUCUAUCUAUCGCGAUAUGUUCAUAUCUAUCUAUCUAUCUGUCUCUAUUGUGAUAUGUUUAUAUCUAUCUAUCUAUUUGCAUAUGUUCAUUUAAAUCUAUAUAUCGUGGUAUGUUCGUAUCUAUCUAUCUAUCUAAGUUUGCUCAUAUUAACUGUAUUGAUAUCUAUCUAUCUAUCGCGAUAUAUUUAUAUCUAUCUAUCUAUUUGCUUAUGUUCAUGUAAAUCUAUAUAUCGCAGUAUAUUCAUAUCUAUCUAUCUAUCUAUCUAUCUAUCUAUCUAUCUAUCUAUCUAUUUAUUUGCUUGUCAUUCUUGUAUGUCGGAAGGACAUAUAAGGUUGUAA